AUGGCCGGGCCCGCGGGACUCGGUCAUCUGUUGAAUAGGGAGGGGGAUGAGGUGGCCUAUUCACCACCUAGCACUAUUAUCCCAAGUCCGUCACCCGGGCAGCCGACCUCGAAGAGCGAGAGCCAGCGCGCCCAUAAAUAUUCCAACUCGCAAUCCUCGACUUCCUCCGUUGCUUCCUCUACCGCCAACUCUAACAACCCUCAAUCCGGAUUGCACUCUCGAAACCCUUCCUACUCGACCAACCCAUCAACACCGCCAUCCGCACAUUCCACCACAGGCAGCUUUCCUCCUCAUUGCACUUUCGACAGCAACAAUACCGAUAAUAUCAACAAUAGCAACGAGAACAACAACCACUACUACUACCGAUCCGCCCGUAUGGCUGAUCCGGUUGAACCCCGCGAUAACAGGGCCGACCGCGCAGCCAUGGGCGAUGGCAAUCGCGAUGACCGCCCGCAGGGCUCCGAGCAACGCCUGGCGCACCGUCGCGCUAUCGAUCUCACAGAAGACGACCGGGCAGAGUCACCGACCGAUGUGGCCAUGCCGAUGAUGAGACGCGCUCCCGCUGGACAGUCUCGCACAACCAGCCCUUUGUCUGCCGAGACUGGUGCGGCCGCCCAACGUGGCUCCGCGCUGAACAACACUAACACACUGCCCUCGCUUCGUCAACAUAUCCCCUCCGUGCCCAUCGUCCUCGAUGACAACAACGGCGAGAACAGCAACGGUACCGACAAUGCUGUUGUGACUUCUACCUCAGCCGCAGCUCCCUCGGCACCACCCAUCUUCGGCUCCACGACAGGGUUCAAUGCCACGGGUGCCGCCCCGAUCCGCUUGGACCCUGCUCUCAUCCAGUCGGCCGUUCCCCGCCUGUUCCCUAGUGCUGCUAUUCUGAUGCAAGAGGUUGACUUUACCAAGCCUCGCGUCUGCAAGUUUAUGGCGGACUGCAACAUUACCAGGGGCAUGCCGAUUGAGAGCAUUAACUGGCGCAAGUCGAUGUCCCACGUGUUCGGGCGCAACAAGAACUGCACGAGGAGCAUUCCCGACAAUGUCUGGGUCUGGAUGUGCAGAAAGCAUUAUCAGCGCUCCCGUUAUCGCAAUGAUCACGAGUACUGCAUCAAGCUGGCACAGUUCGUGGAGCUCCAGGUCCUGCGCCUGGAAGCCUGGAGCAACCACAACCGCGACAUGGGCUCUACUCAGAACGGCGUCGUUGUCGACUGGUCUCUUGCCGUCCGCCGCCGCGAGCUGGAUCGCUUGAGGGUGUCCGGCCAGAAGCGGAAGACUCCCGAGGACCAAGAGGAAGAAGACGACGAGCGAGACGACGACCUCCCGAGCCCCCCCCUGCCGAACGAGACUAGCGUGGUGCCUCCGUGGAUCCUGGCCCAGAUAGGCUCGGGCAAGUCCACUCUCGAGAUCCAGGAGAUCAUCGCCCGCAUCUUCAACGAGCUGCAGGACAAGACCCUCAUGAGCUUCCCCGACAUCGAGAUCCUUCCCAACAUCACCGGCGAGAGGACCAGGCCCAAGAAGAACCGGGCCAAGCCGGGCAACCUGGCCACCGCCAAGAAGCCCGCCGACGCUGGCCACGACAUCCGUCAGCACAAGCGUCAGCGCUCUAGCGACGAGGACCUGCCGUUCCAACCCCAGCAACCCAGCUACGGCAACCGCUUUGUGGCAGGUCCAGGCGCGCCCGGCUCGAGCAACCCGCCCUUUGAGCGCUUCAGCUACGCUAGUUACACCACCCAGUUCCCGUCUCUGCACCAGCGUUCUGCAUCCAUGAACAGCGCCAGCUAUAGCCAGUUCCCGACCACCACCACCACCACCACCACCACCACCCCGGGCGGCGCUGCCGGCUAUGCCCACGGCUAUGGCGCAUAUAACGACCCUCCCCACGCCGGCGUCGGGUACAACGGCUACGUCGCGCCACAGCCCCCUGAGCCUUCCAACGGCUACUGGACGCCCAAUUACGACGCUCAGCAGGCACGCCUGCGUCAGAUGCACCAGCGUGCGCAGGCUCAGAGACAGGCACAGCAACCGCAAGCCGCCUACCCCCAUGAUGGCUACUACCCAUCAUCGUCCGCCAGCCAGGGCGGCCCCCCUCCGGCCGGCGCUGCUAAGCACACGCGCCACCUGAGCACCCCUCUGCCUCCCACCCAGCCGCUGAUGGGCUCUGCCGACCGCACUCACGACGCCAUCCGUGGCUCCCGCUAUGGACAGCCGACCCCGGCGUACCCGGCCGCCCAGAACAUGUACGGCCAGCCCGGCGGUGCUGCUCCUCCGAAUGCAUACGGUCAAUCAACGGACACUACACCGCGCUACCAACACUACAACGGUCUCCCACCCCCCGGCCCGUCCACCGGCGAUAACAUCCCGCGUGCCGCCAGUUCGACCAUUACUCGUUUGCCCCUGCGGGUCCCUGGCCCGUCAUCCUCUGCAGCUCCUCCGCACGAUAACUACGACGGCGAGUAUGAGGGUUAUGGCGGCUACCCCAGUCUUUCUUCACGCCGCUAG